AUCUAAUUGUCAAAUAGAAUGGUGUUCAAAUUCCAUCCACAUAAAAAUAUUGAAUAUAGUCAUCUUCCUGCAAACUGGGCAACCAACUUGUUUACAGUUAUUAGCCAUGGCUAAAGUUCUGGACUCCCAUUUCUUAGCUCUGACAGCCAUUGUCACUGUGUUUUAUCAGUUCAUUUUCUUUGUUGUUACAGCUCUUCUCAAGUUCGAUAAAGUCACCGAUUUUGCUGGGAGCACAAACUUUAUCAUACUUGCUGUAUUGACCUUUGUCGUCAAAGCAUCAUGGAAUUUUAGACAGGUAGUUUUGACUUUGCUUGUGGUAAUAUGGGGUCUACGUCUUGGGUUAUUCCUUUUGAUGAGGAUUAUGCAGUGGGGAGAGGACCGUCGAUUCGAUGAGAUGCGUGCAAAUCUGGGGAAACUAGCAGUAUUCUGGAUCUUCCAGGCUGUGUGGGUAUGGACUGUGAGCUUACCAGUGACAGUUGUCAAUGCUAGUGACAGGAAUCCAUCAUUUCAAGCAGCCGAUAUAAUUGGGUGGAUUAUGUGGUCCAUAGGUUUUUCUCUUGAAGCUACAGCUGACCAGCAGAAACUGGCAUUCAAAAGCUCACCAGGAAGUAGAGGAAAAUGGUGUGAUGUUGGAGUUUGGAAGUAUACCCGUCAUCCAAACUACUUUGGAGAGAUAUUUCUUUGGUGGGGAAUUUUUAUCAGUUCGAUACCAGUUCUAGUUGGUGCUGAAUGGCUUGUUGUCCUUGGACCAGUAUUCCUCACACUGCUGCUCCUAUUUGUCAGCGGAAUACCACUGCUUGAGGCUUCAGCAGAUAAGAAAUUUGGCAGUGUGGAUGAUUACAGACUGUACAAAAAAGUUACCAGCCCUCUCAUCCCAUUGCCACCAGCAGUAUAUGGGAAACUUCCUUUGUGGUUCAAGAAGAUUUUCCUCUUUGAAUUUCCUAUUUACAGCAAGAAUCUUUCUCAAGAAAGUCUUAUGGAGUAGGUCAAACCCAUCAAAAAAGAAUGAAAAGAAUAUGAAGUUUACUGUUGAUAUGUGAAGACUUCCACAAUGGAUCCAGCUAUCUUCUUCUUGUACAGAUCCAUUGUUUGAAUUAAUCUCAUGUUGACUAUUAUUCAUUUCAUGUAAAUACUUGCUUACGCUAUGAGACUAGUUUUACCACGAUAUUUCUCUUGUAUUUAUUGAGUUAUGAUUUGUUAGAAUUCGUAUUAUGUUAACCCGUUGAAGGGACUUUUGUACAUUAAUUUGAGAGGUGAGGAUUUUCUCAAUGGAUGAUGACAUAAUUUCGGAAACAAAAUGGACUGAAUUAGCCUG